CGAAGGCAGACAGAGGAACUAUGAACUUGCUCGCGUGGAUAUUGCUCAUAAACUUUUCUGUCUGCUGGACUUCGGUUGACGCACAGAUGGGGUUUGAUGGUCCUCUCUCUGCACAGGAGCAGAUGUACAUCCUUUACGAAAUCAAACUGCAGUGCUACCAGAACCUCUCCAACACUGACCCAGGGUCCGCAGAUGAGGUGUGCCCUCCAGACUGGGAUGGCCUUAUCUGCUGGCCCCGUGGUUCCCCUGGGCUGGUUACUAAGGUUCCCUGCCCGUCUUACAUCUAUGAUUUCAACCACAAAGGACAUGCUUACAGAAAGUGUGAUAUCAACAGCUCUUGGGUGUUUGUGGAACAUUGGAACAAAACAUGGACCAACUACUCAGAGUGUCUGCGCUUCCUUCAGCCCAGUGAUGAGGAAGAGAGACAAGACUUCUUUGAGCGGCUGUACGUCAUGUAUACCAUUGGUUACGCUGUGUCCUUCAGCUCUCUGCUAGUGGCCAUCUUCAUUAUUGGAUAUUUCAAGCGUCUUCACUGCACCAGAAACUACAUCCACAUGCACCUAUUUGUUUCCUUCAUGUUACGGGCAGUCAGCAUCUUUGUGAAGGACAAAGUCGUCCAUUCCAGUGCUGGAUUGCAAGACUUUGACUCUGCCCUGUUGGACAAUUUAAAAACAGUUAGAAUAGCAUCACUGGACAAGUCUCAGUAUAUUGGCUGCAAGGUGACGGUGCUGCUCUUCAUCUAUUUUCUGACUACCAACUACUACUGGAUCCUGGUAGAAGGCCUCUACCUUCACAGUCUCAUCUUCAUGGCCUUCAGGUCGGACUCGAAAUACUUGUGGGGCUUCACGCUCAUCGGAUGGGGUGUUCCAGCUGUUUUCGUGGCCGUGUGGGCGAUUGUCAGAGCAACACUAGCAGAUGCAAGAUGUUGGGAGUUAAGUGCUGGUAACAUCAAGUGGAUCUACCAGGUUCCCAUCUUGACAGCCAUUGGGCUCAACUUUGUCUUGUUUGUGAACAUUGUGCGAGUCCUGGCCACUAAAAUUCGAGAGACAAAUGCAGGCAGAUACGACACCAGGAAACAGUACAGGAAACUGGCAAAGUCCACCCUGGUGCUGGUGCUGGUGUUUGGGAUCCACUACAUCGUUUUUGUGGGGAUGCCUCACACAUUUGAGGGGCCGAGUUGGGAGAUUCGCAUGUACUGUGAGCUGUUCUUCAACUCAUUUCAGGGUUUCUUUGUGUCCAUUAUCUAUUGCUACUGCAACGGUGAGGUCCAGACGGAGAUAAAGAAAACAUGGACACGCUGGAACCUGGCCUUGGAGUGGGAGGGCCCAGUGGUCUGCGGCCGCUACCGCUAUAGCUCUGUGGUUGUGGGCCUCAACAACAACAGCACCAGCAGCCAGUCCCACCUGGCUGGGGGUGGGCCUUCCACACGGUCCACCACACUUGUUUCAAGCCGUGGUUAUAGGAGCACGGGUACCCCUGUGAUCAGCAUGCACGCCACUCUCCCAGGUUACGUGAUCAGUAACUCAGACCCAUCCAUACCUGAAGAACCUGAGGACAGCGGCCCCAAGCAGGUGGACGAUAUCUCACUGAAGGAAAAUCUGCCCGUUCUAAAUACGAGUGCAACAGCUGAGGAUGAGGAGGAAACACUGUAGCAGUUGUCUAAUGUAAAAAGAGUCUGUAGUGACUGAUGGAAAAUUUUGCAGGUGGAGCUGUGCCAACUCAUUACAGCCUGAUGUAAUUCAAACUCUGAAGAGGGAAUAAAAGGCAAACAGAAAGUCUGACUGUUUGUACAAGAAGUGGAACAAUGUCUUGAACUCUUUCAAGAAGAACUUAUAAUAGAAACUAAUAAAUUGUGAGUAAGUUAUGAAGUUAAAUUCCAGGUAGCAGCACUGUUGUCAUGCCUCAGUAUCUUGAU